UAUAAGAAACAGAGAUCUUGAUCGUUAGAUGCAUAUAUCAACUUUCUCUCUCUCUCUCUGAAGAUCUUCUCUGCAACUGUUUGAUUUGCUUGUGAAGAUUGCUUUGCAAGAAAGUGGGGCAAAAGAUGAUUUUGAGAUUGUCUCUUCCUCUGAUCUUGCUUUUGUUUAUAGUUCCUCAAUCAAUUCAAGGUUCCAUCUUCAAAACGUUCUCAAAUACGCUAUCUCCCAAAUAUCCUCCUUACUCAUUCGUCUUCCCUCUCUCCGGCAAUGUCUUCCCUCUCGGAUAUUACUCGGUCUCUCUUCAAAUAGGAAAUCCUCCAAAGGACUUUACCUUUGAUGUUGAUACUGGCAGUGAUCUCACAUGGGUUCAAUGCGAUGCUCCUUGCUCUGGUUGCACUGUGCGUACUGAACUUCAGUACAAGCCUAAGUCAAACACUGUCCCAUGCUCAGACUCAAUUUGCUCAGCUCUACACUGGCCUCAGAAGCCUGAAUGUCUAAACCCGAAAGAGCAAUGAGACUACGAGGUUGAAUAUGCUGAUCAAGGUUCAUCAAUGGGUGCACUUGUUGUUGAUCAGUUUUCUUUAAAACUCCUAGACGGCUCGUCUUUUGUACCUCGCUUAGCAUUCGGGUGUGGUUAUGAUCAGCAUUACCCUAGUGCACAUCCUCCACCUGCUACUGUUGGAGUUUUGGGGCUUGGGAAAGGGAAAAUCAGCAUCUUGGCACAGCUUGUCUCGGCCAGACUAACUAGAAAUGUGUUUGGUCAUUGCUUAAGCUCUAAAGGCGGAGGCUUUUUGUUCUUUGGAGACAAUGUAAUUCCUUCUACUGGUGUAUCCUGGACAACAUUAGCGUCACCUAACAACCACUACACAACUGGACCAGCCGAGCUUCUUUACAACAGGAAGCCAACAGGUUUAAAUGGCCUCAAACUCAUCUUUGAUUCUGGAAGCUCCUAUACUUAUUUCAACAGCAAGACAUACCAAGCAAUAGUUAACCUGAUUGGAAAUGACCUGAAAGGUAAACCGUUGAAGGAUGUGAAAGAGGAUAAGACUUUAGCAAUAUGUUGGAAAGGAGCUAAGCCUUUGAAAUCUGUUCUUGAGGUCAAAAACUUGUUCAAGACCUUAACAAUCAACUUUAAGAAUGGCAGAAAAAACUCUCAGCUCCAGAUUCCACCCGAGUCUUAUCUCAUCGUCUCUAAAACUGGGAACGUCUGUUUGGGAAUACUCAAUGGAAGUGAAGUAGGAUUACAAGACUCUAACGUAAUCGGAGAUAUAUCUAUGCAAGGGACUAUGGUAAUCUACGACAAUGAGAAACAGCAGCUCGGAUGGGUUUCUGCUGAUUGCGAUAAACUUCCCAAGUGAUGAUAGAUUGAACGAUUCACCAUAUUAUAUAACUUCAUAGUUUGAAAUUUUCACAAAUAAAACAAUUGAGUGACCAAACAUAGGACUAAUUCACUAGAAUAUACCGGAAGUAUUACUAAACUAUACCGUGCGACUUUUUGAUACAAGGAAAUGUGAGAAAAAAUAUAUAAAUUCCAUAGUUCUUAUAAUUCUUACACUGGUCGAAUACUCAAAUACAUCAUCAUAUAACGUAACGUAUCGACAGCUCAAGAAAGGUUUCAUGUUCUCUCAGGGGCGGAUCUAGAAACAAAUAUAACUAGGGACACAAAAAUUAUUUCAUUACAUUUUAGUACGAUUGCUUGGAAUGAGAGUUUAUUAGUGUCAUGAAAAAUGAGAUUGUCAAACAUGUGGAUUAACCGGAUAAUGCAAUGCGUCAUAUUAGUAAAAUAUCAUGUCUUAUUCAAUGGUCAACCAAAAGGA